AUGAACCCAGCAGACUCGAGCCAACUCAACCAGACCGUCACUGCUCAAAUCUCCGUCUCCGGGCUCGUCCCAUGCCCAGCCUCUCCCUACAAGAGAGGGUUUGUUCCACCUCCAGCACCUUACAAUGGGGACCUGGGAUCCUGUGGACUCGAAGGCUGCCCUCACCUCUGUGCUGCCCUCACCUCCGUGCUGCCCUCACCUCCCCUCACCUCUGUGCUGCCCUCACCUCUGUGCUGCCCUCACCUCUGUGUUGCCCUCACCUCCGUGUUGCCCUCACCUCCCCUCACCUCUGUGUUGCCCUCACCUCUGUGUUGCCCUCACCUCUGUGUUGCCCUCACCUCCGUGCUGCCCUCACCUCCCCUCACCUCUGUGUUGCCCUCACCUCUGUGUUGCCCUCACCUCCGUGCUGCCCUCACCUCCCCUCACCUCUGUGCCAACGCUCUACCAACUGAGCUACUGCCGGCUUUUGCCCUUGCCGACCUCUGUGUUGCCCUCACCUCCCCUCACCUCCGUGUUGCCCUCACCUCUGUGUUGCCCUCACCUCUGUGUUGCCCUCACCACUGUGUUGCCCUCACCUCCGUGUUGCCCUCACCUCCGUGCUGCCCUCACCUCUGUGUUGCCCUCACCACUGUGUUGCCCUCACCUCCGUGUUGCCCUCACCUCCGUGUUGCCCUCACCUCUGUGUUGCCCUCACCUCUGUGUUGCCCUCACCUCUGUGUUGCCCUCACCUCCGUGUUGCCCUCACCUCCGUGUUGCCCUCACCUCCGUGCUGCCCUCACCUCUGUGUUGCCCUCACCACUGUGUUGCCCUCACCUCCGUGUUGCCCUCACCUCCGUGUUGCCCUCACCUCCGUGCUGCCCUCACCUCCGUGCUGCCCUCACCUCCGUGCUGCCCUCACCUCCGUGCUGCCCUCACCUCCGUGCUGCCCUCACCUCCGUGCUGCCCUCACCUCCGUGCUGCCCUCACCUCCGUGCCAUGAUCAGUGCAGAAGAGGCCUUGUAA